AAUAAAUAUUGAGUAAUGAUUGGUAUAUCAUUUGAUUUAACAUAUCUGUUAACACUCAUUUGAUUGGUACAUUAUUGACAUGUCCAACUUGGAAGAUCCGGAGGUUGCUAAUUCAAUCUGUGAUGCAGCUGAGAAAUGGGCGUUCUUUCAGAUUGUUAACCAUGGUGUGCCGCUAGAAGUGCUGGAGAGUGUCAAGGUUGCAACUCAUCGGUUUUUUGGACUUCCAGCUGAUGAGAAGAAAAAGUAUACCAAAGAGCAUUCUCCAACCACCAAUGUGAGGUUUGGCACAAGCUUUAGCCCUCAAGCAGAGAAGGCUUUGGAAUGGAAAGAUUUUCUUAGCAUAUUUUAUGUGUCCGAAGAGGAGGCUUUAGCUUUCUGGCCUCCUGCUUGCAGCGCUGGAAUACAUGAAAGGGUCGGAAAUGGUCGUCAAUCGGUUGCUACAGAUUCUGAUGAAGAGACUCAAUGUCAACGAAAUCGACGAAACAAAAAAAUCUCUCCUGAAGGGUUCAGUGAGAAUCAACCUGAACUAUUACCCUGUUUGUCCCAACCAGAACUUACAAACGGAAUCGGACGUCACUCUGAUGUCUCAACCCUCACAAUCCUCCUUCAAGACGAAAUUGGCGGGCUCUACGUUAAAAACCCUCAUGGCAACGACAGUUGGAUUCAUGUCCCUCCAAUUGAGGGCUCCCUCGUGAUCAAUGUAGGAGAUGCAUUGCAGAUAUUGAGCAACGGUCGAUACAAGAGUGUCGAACACCGUGUGGUCGCUAAUAGGAGCAAGAACAGGAUUUCCGUUCCCAUUUUCGUCAAUCCAAGGCCGUCCGAUGUAAUCGGACCCUUGCCAGAGGUGCUUGCAGACGCCGAGAAACCGAUUUACAAGCAAGUCCUGUACUCGGAUUACGUUCGACAUUUCUUCAAGAAGGCACAUAUAACGGAAAUGGCACAGUUGAAUUUGCAAAGAUCAUGUGAACUAGCUACUUAUUUAAUUUCUUUGAAGUUGUCUAAGUUGUGCUUAAUUUAAUUGCAUAAUGAGGUUCUAAAACCAACUAAUUAAUCAAACUGCUUGUUAUUGACUAGUGAUUACAAAAAAAGGCCCUUGAUCAGUUGACCAGAAGAUCCAUCUAGGACAUGUAAGAGGGACAUCAUUAAUUUGUUCUGCUUUGUGUUGAUUAUGUUCGGAUUGUACCACCCUAAUUAUAAAGUUUGCAUUGCUCU